GAUAUCCCGUUUGUGCAGUAUCCAUGACAUGACCAAGUAAUCGUACAGUUUGCCGAUUUUUGCCGGCCUUCCUGUGUUUGUGAGUACAUCGCUGCUCGGCUGCCGGCCCCGUAUAUAGUAUAUACACCGUGUACAAAUGUAUAUAUAUGAAGCCCAUAGUGUGUGGCCGGUAAAUUGCCGCUCCAUGGCUACACAAUAGUAGAGGGGCCAUUUUACGUGAGGAUGCGUGAAAGAAGGGAUAACAACGCCAUUCCCCAUGCCACAUCCCGGUUUCCUUAAGAGCGCAUUUUCCCGUCCACGCACUCCUUGGAUGGUCACGCCAUAAUAAAAAACACCGAUCCUUGCCCCUUUUCACUGUGUAUCAUUAUGUUAUCAUCAUGUAAAUCCCGCUGUCCAUCGGAUGCGUAUAUGCCGGCUGGAGAUGCAACACCACACAAUCUCCUCUAAUCAAUGCUGAUUGAUUUGAGUAAAUCAUGCUAGACUGGGCUAAUUCUAGCGAAUUUCAUGUUAACGCCACUUUGACUACAGCAGCCCAUAAUAACACAUCCAGUCUAUUGUCAAAUGAUGAGGACUACUAUUUCCAGUCACCGGAACUAAGCUACGCGGUGCCCGUUGGGAUUAUUCUGGGAUUAUUUACCGUUUUAACUGUUGGCGGUAAUCUGCUUGUACUCUUAGCGGUGGCCACCGACCGACAUCUGCGCUCACAGCGCCAUACAUUACUCAUUGUCAAUCUGGCCAUAUUCGACAUGACACUCGGCUCUAUUGUUUUCCCCUUUUCCGCUACAUUGGAGGUUCUUAAUGAUCAGUGGCUAUUCGGGCGGGUUUUUUGUAGUGUGUGGGCGGCUAUUGAUGUUUUAUGCUGUACCGGCUCAAUCUGGUCAUUAGUAUCUAUCGCACUGGACCGGCUCAUCGGCGUUACACGACCACUCGCUUAUGCCGGGAUUAUGACCAAAGCCAAAAUGCUGACGAUGAUUAUAAUUAUCUGGAUAUUAUCCCUGGUCAUUUCGGUGGUGCCGUUCAUGGGCUGGCAGACACCGGAAGAGAAGAAUCCCUACAAAUGUCACGUCCAGACUGACCCCAGCUAUGUGAUAUUCAGCUGCUCCGUGUCCUAUUACGUUCCACUGAUAAUUAUAUUAAUUUUUUAUUCGCGCAUCUAUAAAGCCGCCGCCCGGCAUGUACAGUCCAUGCGGACGGGUAUUAAACGCGGAUCAGGAUCACUCAGUAAUGACGGCACCGUAAUGACAUUACGAAUUCAUACUAAACGCUUUCAAAAAUCUCACAAUGCUACAACUACCCGCACCGGCUCGGGAUCGGAGACCAACAAUGCCAACGGGGAAACCGGAAGUGUUUCCGGCUCAACAACGGCCAAACUGGGUAAAAGCUUCGCGAAACAGCGAAAAGCCACCAUCACGCUGAGCCUGAUUAUUCUGGGAUUUAUUUGCAUGUGGCAAGGAUUUUUCCUCAUACUACCCAUAAGCGUUUUCUGCAAAAAUUGCAACGUUCCGGUGACUCUAUGGCGAAUAUUCUUUUGGCUCGGGUAUUGCAACAGCUUGAUGAAUCCCUUCAUCUAUGCUGCCGCAUCCCCCGAAUUCCGCCGCGCUUUUAAACGCAUUCUAUGCUGUGAAAUAUUUUCCGGCCGUGAGCAUCAGCGUCGCAGUGUCCGUGACAUGUCCAAUUCAUCACACGGCGCCGCAUCCCGCAGCGGUAGCAGUGGCGCCAAUAAUCGCCGCCUGACCCGUUGUUGGGGAUUUUUUAAACCCUUUCGCAGCUGCCUCUCCAGCCGGGAACGCACGGAGACUAGCACCACCGGAACGCCGGACAGUAGCGAUGUAUUAGCUAUGACCCCGGUACAUCUGCACUGCUCGGACAGCAACACACUGCGCAGUACGCCGGGUGAAAGCCGGAGCUUUCUGGGAUUCCGUCUGAGCCGGAAGAGGUCAGAUGCCGGCACGGUGGAUUUAAUGGAGAGCUUCCCCUUGGCGUCGCUGACGUUGGCCCGGCUAAAAAAUCCCUCCUGCGGCAGCGACGCCCUGUAUGGCUCACUGCAGGCGCUGCAGCGGGCGGCCAUGGAGGACAGUCCCAGUCGCGCGGGGUUGAUGCGCGCCUCCAGCAGUAUUACCGGCAGCGUCGGCUCUAGUCAGGCUGAUCAGCUGCUGCGAUUGUCCAGGAGCUGUGCUACACAAACACCCCCCGUGUCAAUACCGGUGUCUCCAGAGACCGGCUCGCCUUAUCAUUAUGUUUUUGAACCAUCCGCUCCAGAUGAUGCCGAACUGUGAUAAAUAUGUAUGUAACGCUGUUAGGGAAGAAAAUGUGUAUACAGUGUCUGACAGCGCUGAUCCCCGGGUUUCCUUUGUUGUUUGGUUGCUUCGCUGAAUUUUUUGGACUGCUUGUUGUUAUCCGAUGAUUUGUUAUUUAUUUAAUGAUGGAAAUUCUGUACGGAGAUGUGUGAAUGUUUUGUAAAUAUUUAUACAGUCAACCAUGUCGGAAUGGGACAGUUGUAGCCGGCAGCCAGCCGAUCCGUUUGGUUUGCAUAAUUGGUCAAUGCGCAGAAGAAUUCGAUUUUUUCGCUAUAAUUCGAUCUUUUCUAUCACCGACUUAACGCCACCUGCUUCACAGUACUCUGUAUAUGGCGCUAUGCUAAAAAUUGAUUUAUUUAACUUGUGAGCGCACUUUAUAUACACACCGACGGUUUGAAUAA